AGCGUAAUGACGACUUUAUUAAAAUCUUUGACAAUUCUGAGCGUGCUCAGUUUUGUGGUUUGCAGUAGUAUAGGAAUUUGCCCCAACGGCUUCACGCGUGUGGGCGAGAAAUGUUAUCUUAUGCCUUCGAUAAAGGGUAAUUGGUCUGAAGCUGAUAGCCUGUGCCGCCUUCUCAAUUCGUACCUCUUGGUUUUCGAAAGCCAAACUGAAGCCGAUCUGGUUCAAGCACAUCUGGCGAAGAUAGGGUCUAUCCAUAGCACCAACACCACCGAGAAAUGGUGGGACAACUCACUAUGGACGUCUAUUAAGGCCAGAGAAAACAGUCGGGACUUUGUGGUGCAACAUACUGGAGAGCCCAUACCUUUCCCGAUGUGGGGCCCACAACAACCGGAUCACGAUAAUCAGCAGUGUGUGGCCACAUGCAGUCUGACUGGAAAAAUGGUCUACCAUGACUAUAACUGCCAUAUUCCUCUAGCAUUCGCUUGCAAGACCAGUACAAAGCAAGAAGCUGCCAUGGAUUCAGAAUAUGCCACAGAAACUCCGGAAGUUAAUACAGAAUCAAUAUUUUGAGCUUAGCACUAAGCACUAUUUGUAAAAAUUGGAACACUUUUGAAAUCCUGUAUUGUUCUGCUGAUUUGUUAAUAAGUUAAGAAAUUAUAAAUGUUUGUCUUGUUUAAAAA